AUGGCAGCCUCGACAUAUGAGCACGCCACGGAUAUGAAUCAACCUGCGAGUGCAGCAGACGUGACGGCUCAAGUCACGAACCAACAGACUAAUUCGCCAGCUCCUAGCCCGCCAAAGUCGACACAAUCUCUUCUAACUCGCGCGAGAUCAGUCGUAUGGCUUACUAAUUUGAGCUUCGUGUUACUCGGUGUCCUCAUCGCAUACAUUUAUGGCAAAAUUGCUCAACGACAGGGCGAUAGAAGCUUGAAAGCUGUGCUAUAUGGUGAUUGUAUCGAUCAUGCUCUUGGCACACCUUUCUCAUCAAAUGGGUUCAUCGACCAACCGCCCGUUUUCUUGACCAAUUAG